AUGGAUGUCUCCUCUCCCUAUUUCAGCUACGGCGACUGCGCUCGGUACCCCUGGAACGCCAGCAGCUCCGACUCCGAGUUCUACAGCCAGUCCUCCCCGGACGCCCCCUCCCCGGCCUGCUCCGCCGACCUCAGCCUGCCGCCAUCCCCCCAAGCCUGGGGUCCCGGGCCGGGCGCUCGGUCCACGCCCCAGGGGGCCCCCCGGCCCUCCGUCUCCCCAUCGUCGGGCGAGGAGGGCGCCCCCGCCGGCAGGGGCAAGAGGAGGGGGCGCAGGGCGAAGAACCCCAGCAAGCAGCGUCAGAGCGCCAGCGAGAAGGAGAAGCUGAGGAUGAGGGACCUGACCAAGGCCCUGCACCACCUGCGCACCUUCCUCCCGCCCUCCGUGGCCCCCGCGGGCCAGACGCUCACCAAGAUCGAGACCCUGCGCCUGGCCAUCCGCUACAUCGCCCACCUGUCCGACCAGCUGGGGCUCGGGGAGCAGGCCCCGUCCCGCAGGGGCGACCCCUCCGCCUGCGGGGGCCGAACCGAGGACCCGGCGGGGUUCUGCCAGCGCGGCUCCGCCCCGGGAUUUUGGGGGCACCCCGAGCAGGGGCAGGGACGGGGACAGGGCGCGGGAGGGUAUCAGCGCACCCCCAUGCCCGCGUGCCCCGCACAGAACCCCGGAGCACAACGUAGCCGAUUCGCCGCCGCGCUGGAGGUGUCUCUUCAGGAUGAGCUCCUAAACUCCAGCCUGGACUCUCUACUGCAGUCACCAUCGUGCACAGAGACGGCACCGUCCUAUCAGAUGUACAGCAGGGACCUGUCCUCUCAGAUCAUCCCUCAAGAGUUCUGGGUUUGA